AUGUUACCAAUACUAUUCCUUCUCGCUCUUAGUGGAUGCAGUACUCAGGCCGCAGAGUACCAACUGAUGUUUGACAACCCGGAAAUAUUUUCGCCGUGCUUAGAUGGACUGCCGGGGUCAAUUGACUUCACCGAGGCCUUCGACUUGGAUAAUAUGAUUUUCGAUGAGGACGAGGAAGGCAUUCACAUUUCGGGAAAUUUAACCACCAAAUGGGAUUUACCCGGCACUGAACGCAUAUCCGCUAGGUUCCGUAUAAUGCAGUUUGACCGAGGCAGCUGGCAACCGACAUUACUUAACCAACAUUUACCGGACAUUUGCUCCAUGAUGUGGGAUACGAAAUCAACCUGGUACAAGCAUUGGUUUCAAAACGUUGUAAAUCGUGAAGAGAUUCCAAAAAAUUGCCUCUCAACCAAAGGCACCGUUUGGGUAUAUAAACCGUUUAUUAUGAGUUUGCGACUGGGAAACGUAGGAAAUCCCAAUUUGCGUGGACGAUAUAAGGUGGUGUACAGUCUCGAAGCAUUCGACGAAAAUAAUGAACGUCGACCAACAUCCGUGUGCUUCGAAAUGAGAGGCGUGGUCGAAAAGAUGCAAUAUUAA